AUGUUAAAAACUACCUCACAACGUCGUCCCACACCCACUGCAAAAUCUAGGGUUUUGAGUUCAUCGACUUUCAGAGCUCGUCGCCUCCAUACACCAACAAUGGGUCAUUCGAACGUCUGGAACUCCCAUCCCAAAACAUACGGCCCUGGUUCUCGUACCUGCCGUGUAUGUGGUAACUCACAUGGGUUGAUCAGAAAGUAUGGGCUUAUGUGCUGCAGACAAUGCUUCCAUAGCAAUGCAAAGGAGAUUGGUUUCAUCAAGUAUCGUUGAUUAGCACCAAUGAUGGAGCAAUGGAGCCACGUCUUUGAUGAGAAGAGAUAUUGUUAGUAUUUUAGCAUCAAUCUGUUAUUCUCAUGUUUACUUUAAAGACAUGUUUAUGAUAUAUCAUGAAUGAGACUACUUAAUUUUGUUGCUUGGUUUUGCACUUCAAUUAAGAGCCUCUUUCAUUUUCGUUGUUAAGAGAAUAUUUUGAAAGUUUUGGAUUAUUUGGGAUUA